AUGUGGGAUUCUCCAACGUUCGUAGGAGUGCUCACACCUAAAUUUUAUGUAGCCCUUACCGGCACCUCUUCACUUAUCUCAGGACUUAUUUUAAUAUUCGAGUGGUGGUAUUUCCGAAAGUAUGGCACUUCUUUUAUCGAACAGGUGUCAUUGGCUCACUUGGGUCCAUGGCUAGGCGGUGGAGCGAGCGCGACGGACGGGGAAGAGGGCGAGGCGGGCGCGGGAGCGGGAGGGGGUGCGGGGGCGGGGCCCGGGCCGGGUGCAGGCUUGGGGGCGGGGAGCGCGCCGGCCGGCCCUGCGCCCGCCGAGUGCAAGGUGUGGCGCAACCCGAUGUCGCUGCUGCGUGGUGCUGAGUACGGCCGCCUGUGGACCGUGGCUCGUCGCGCGCCACUCACUUACUAUGACAUGAACCUCUCCGCGCAAGAGCAUCAAGCUUGGUUCGGUGAGCAAGAUUUUGAAUCAGCCAAGCAAUGGACCCAACCCACUGGGAAGAUCUGUCGGUUUCAGUAG